AUGCUCAGAAUAUUGACGUCGAGAUUUUUGACGACGAACCGAUCACUUUCACAACAAUUGUCAUCGGGCGAAGAAAAAUUGGCGAAAUUGCUGCGACAAAAGUUUCCGAAGGCGAGCAACAUCGACGUGGAGGAUAUAUCGGGUGGUUGCGGUUCGAUGUACAAAGUGGCGGUGGAGAGUGUUGAAUUCAAGGGUUUGACCAAAGUGGCUCAGCACAAAGCGAUCACGAGUUGCCUUUCGAGUGAAAUCAAAGAUAUGCACGGCUUGACGAUAGACACAAAAAUCCCCAAACAA